CAAGGGGAGAGAAAAGAGAUGAAAAAACCAAAAACUGAAAAACAUCAUUGCUCAUAGGAAUGGGAAUCUUUGGAUCUUCUCUACUUUCUCUUUCUUUCAUUAUUCAAUUUCAUGUUGCCGUUAUAAAACUUUACUCUAAAAUUUUACUACACCCUUAAAUUUUCUUUUGUUGGUGUCUAUUUCUUUCUCUGUCAAAAAACCUUACUACUCACUUCAUUUCUCUCUCCAUUGAAGCAGCAACAAGCAAGUAAAAAUCCUCUGUAAAACCCUUUUUUCCACCAUUGAAAGUUUCCAUUUUUUUCUUUCUCUCACUUUUUCAGUCUCUAUCUCAACAGCUCACCUCUUUAAAUUCUUCUUUUGGCUCAUUAAAUUAUCUCUUUCUUUUCACAUAAAUAAAAAGGAACAAUUUUUGAGCUGUCAGUAGUAAUUAAUAGUCAAAAAAAUUUCCUAAAAAUCAGAUCUUUUCCCAAAAAAAAAUAUGAACUUGUUGUUUAAUACAGUAGAGAAGUGAAAAAAAGCUUCAAUCUUGGUGUUUAUUUUCCUUAAUUCUUUUGUAAUUGCUUAAUUUGAAGCAAAUGAAAUCUAGUACUCGCCUUGAUUCUAUUGUUUUUCAGCUCACACCAACUAGAACCAGGUGUGACCUAGUAAUAACUGCUAAUGGGAAAAGUGAGAAGAUUGCAUCAGGUUUGCUGAACCCCUUCCUAGCUCAUUUGAAGGCAGCAGAGGAGCAGAUUGGGAAGGGAGGGUAUUCUAUUGUUCUUGAACCAAAGCAUGGAAGUGAUGCAUCAUGGUUUAUUAAAGGAACGGUGGAAAGGUUUGUCCGCUUUGUGAGUAGUCCAGAAAUCCUUGAGCGAGUGUACACUAUAGAAUCUGAAAUUUUGCAGAUUGAGAAGGCAAUAUGCGUUCAAAAUACUAAUGAUAAUGGGUUGCACACUGUAGAAGACUUUCCAGUGAAGUCUGAAGAAAGGCUUGAAGGCAGCAAACAGCCAGCGAGUUGUAAUGACGAGAAAGCAAUUGUGCUUUACCAGCCCGCCAGUAAUCAAUCAGAGGAAGAUGCAUCUACCACCACACUGGAGAAAAGUUCGAAAGUUCAGCUUGUACAAGUUCUUGAGACACGUAAAACGGUGCUUCAAAAAGAGCAAGGCAUGGCCUUUGCACGUGCUGUUGCUGCUGGCUUUGACAUUGAUAACAUAGCCGCACUGCUUGCUUUUGCUGAACGUUUUGGGGCAUCACGUUUGAUCGACGCUUGCAAAAAGUUUUUGGACUUAUGGAAGGCGAAGCAUGAAAGCGGCCAAUGGGUUGAAGUUGAAGCAACUGAAGCAAUGUCUUGCCGGUCAGAUUUGCCGUCUACAAAUGCAGCGGGAAUUGUGUUUCUGAACCCAAGUGAACAGAGAGAUUUCAAGGAAUCAUGCCCUCAGGGUGAAAGUCCUUCUGAGAAGAAGGGGACAUCAUGUGCAAAUGGUACAGAUCAAGUGCAGCCAAACCCACAGGAGUACAGCCCCGGACAGUUUCCACAUCCUAUGUUCCCACCCUGGCAAAUGCAUCCUCAAGCUAAUGGCAUGCCUGUAUUUCAGCCAUAUCCCAUGCAGGGCAUGCCUUACUAUCAGAACUAUAUGGGGCAGAACCCUUAUUUUCAGCCUCCUUAUUCACCGCAUGAUGAUUCUAGAGCACAUCCCGGUCGAAAAUCAAGGCAGAGAAGGCAUUCAAUGGAUAGCCGAGACAUGAGCGGUGAAUUUGAAAGCCAAGAGUUGGAUUCUUCCGGAAAAAGAAUGCAGGAUGAUCUUACAGAUGAAGAAGAUUCCGCGAGUAAAAAAUCGAAGAAUAGAACUGGAAAAUCAUCCAGAAAGCAGUCUAAAACCGUUGUAAUCCGUAAUAUUAACUAUAUUACUUCUGCAAAGCAAGGGUCUUCAGAUAGUGAUUCACAGUCUUGUUCAGAUUCUGGAAGCAAUGAUGAGGGGCGGAAUGCAAAGUUUGAUGAAACGAAGAAACUGAAAAAGAAAGGAGCUUAUCUAAAGUCAGAUGAUCCACUAAUAUCAAACAGUAAGGAAGGAAGAAUGUCUGGACAGGCAGGAGAUGAUGGACACUGGCAAGCUUUCCAGAGUUUCUUACUUACAGAUGCUGAUGAAAGCAGUAAUUCUAAAGUUCGAGGAGGAAAGCGGCAAUCUGCUAUCGGAGAUGACGCGUCUGCUCUUGGAAUGCAUAGUAUUGGUGAAAAUCAUGAUGUAGAUAUGGGUGAAAGUCUUGACGUUUCUGAAGGUGCAAUGUGCAGGCGGAGAACAAUGGAUGAUCGAAUGUUGAGUUAUGGUCAAGAUGCAAACUUCAAUCAUGGAGAGAGUCAAAAAGAUCUGCAAUAUAUGGAAGCGGGCGGUCGAAGGGGAAGUGUCAGGAGAUCUGUGGAUCCAGACAUGGCAUAUGUCAUCAAUCGGCAAGAAAAGCUGACAGAUGUAUGGGACCCUUCCUUAGAUCCUGUCAUCAGAAAUGGAUUUCAGGGUACAUCUAAUACCAAUAAUAAGGGAUCAUUAAAUGAUAUAUCUGAUGAGUCUCUUAUGGUGUUACAAAGACCAGGCUCAUUAGCAGGCGAUGGCAGGAAAGCUAUGGAUAUGGAUUGUGAGCUCCCUUUGGUGCUCCGCAAGACAGAUGACCGAACUGCUAAUUACGAGCCCAAUGAAUUAAAUUUACUGCCUAAUCGUGUGAUUGAGGAUCGAUCAAGCGGUUAUGACCCAGCCAUGGAUUUUGAGACUCAGGAUCAAUUUAAAGAUGCUUCCAAACUGAGUGGUAAGAAGAAGGAAGUUGCUAUAGAUGCCAAAGGAGGACCAAGGAAGGCAAUUAGGGAUCAAAAGUUGAAAGCUGAGAAAAGAACCACAGUGGGAACAAAGAGAGAAAAACCCUCCAAGUUGAGCCCUGCAGAAGAUGCACGAGCUCGUGCUGAAAAGCUACGAGCUUAUAAGGCUGAUCUACAAAAGCUAAAGAAAGAAAAGGAACAAGAACAAGCAAAAAGAUUAGAAGCUUUGAAGAUUGAGAGGCAGAAGAGAAUUGCUGCUAAAAGCGGUGCACAUCCUGCUCAGUCACCUUUGUCAUCACAACAGGCUAAGAAACCGAUGCCCAAGCUUUCUCCUGUCUCUCAGAAAGGCUCAAAGUUUAGUGACACAGAGCCUGGAUCAUCCUCACCGUUACAGAGAUCCACAAUAAGAAUAUUAUCUAAGGUAUCCCCUGAUUCCAGUAAAACUUUUAAGUCUGGAAGAUUAAAUAUUGCAAGCCACACAAAUGAAAAUAAGUUAACUAGGUCAGCUUCAUCACUGAGAAUGCGGAAGGAAGAAAAAGAUGGUUCUACACCAGACUCAAAGGCAACAAUGUCCAGAAUCAGAAGAUUGUCUGAGCCCAAAGGCACUGUCCAUCAAAUUCCUUCAGGGAAGUCCAGAAGUGCUGAAUUAGCCUCAAGACAUAAAGUAUCUGAGAAGCCUGAGUUAAAAAAGAUGCCUGCCAAAGCAAAUGUUGAUAAAGCUAAAUCAUCAGAUCUUCCGGAACUAAAGAUUAGAACAUCUAAGGCAUUCUCAGUUACUGUCCCAAAAAAAUCAACUAAAGAGAAGCUGAACGACAACAAUUUCUCUAGCGGUCUGGCAAGUGCGAAUCUGAGUAGAAAGAGCGCCAACAUUCCACCCCCUAUGGAUGUAGAUGACAGCACGGUUGUUGAAAAAACUGUAGUAAUGCUUGAAUGCGAGAAACCUUCAGCACCAGUCCUCCGUGCACCUGAAGAUAAAAUAGGUGUCCGUACCAUGCAGUCUGAUGCCUAUAAUCAAGCUGGUAAAUCAGAGGAAGAUGCAGCCGUCCCGCCACCAGCUUCACCUAUUGUUGUGAAAGAAAUCGACCAUGAAGCAUCAAUAUAUGUUGUCAAUAGGCCAUCUCAUACCCGCUUGGAUGAGAAGGAAAAGGUGUCCUCGAACUUACAUUCUGUUGAAACUCCCGGAAAACCAUAUGAGGCACCCUAUGCUCGGGUCUCGUCUUUAGAGGAUCCCUGCAUGACUGAGUCAAAUUAUGGGAAGGCACCACCAACAAGAAUAGAGAUGGCAUCAACAGGCAUGCAGACCACCACUGUACAUGUGGCUAAUACUCAGAGGACUGGUCUAGUUAAUGUAUCAGAAGCGGAUUCAGGGAAAUCUCAGGGGAAGGAACCAUCUAGAGGUUUCAGAAAGCUGUUCAAAUUUGGAAAGAACUCAGCUGCAAGUGAACGUUAUGUUGAGUCAGAUAAAGCAACUCUUGAUGGCUCUGUUGUUGAUGAUAAUGCAUUGAAUGGUUCUUCUAGUGAAGUUUUUACCGUGAAAAAUCUUCUAAGUCAAGAGGAGAGCUCAAGUGCUGGCACUACUCCGAAGAAAUCUUCACGACCCUUCUCUUUGUUGUCCCAUUUCCGAAGUAAGACCAGUGAGAAGAAGUUGGCAACAUGAAAAGGAUCUAAAUUAGUUUCUGGGGCCCUAGGCUGAAUAAGCCGCAUGAUUUUGUUCGGUUCAUAAUUCUUCACCAUAAGAAAAACAAGCCUUUACGAGAAAUGUCAAUGCUUUUGUAAAGUUCAUACUUCAUAAUUGUUGCAUUUGUUGCUUUUCCCAAUGUAUGGGGAUGUGCUGUAACUUGUAAAGCCUUGAAAAUGAUAUACAUCUUGAAUAUGUAUGUAAAAAACUACUUGGUACUCA